AUGACAUUUUCUCAGCCUCUCCCGCCAGAUCUCUUGGAAUCUCAAAUCUCGACACUCGAUCUUCUUCUAGCCAUGUUUCCCGACGAGGACGAAUUCGAUAUUUCACCUUCAGAUCUGGAACUCAUCACAAACAUCCGCGACAAUGGUAGCGAAAGUAUAACAUUACCACCCGCAGAGAUCAAUCUGGCUCUACAUGUAUUACUGGAUCCCACACAUUCCAUCCAAGUCAACGUCACAGCACCACUAAGGACAACAGAAAAGGACUCUCACGAAGCACCCCCGAUAACAUUUUCUCUGCGUCAACCGACUUGGUUGGACAAAGCUAGUCUGGCAUCUGUAUCUUCAACCCUCCCGGAAGACAUCUUUAGCGCGUUGGACUUCCUGCGCGAUCAAGGUCCCUCCUUGAUCCCCACAGCUGCCACACCGACAGAAACAAAAACUUCUACUGGUCCUCUGGUGCGUGUAUGGUUUUACUUUCCUUCGCUGAGUACGCGCGAAAAGCGGCAACAUAUGGUUGACUGGGCACCCGCUUACUCGCUUACUGGAUUUGUUCUGGCAGGCAAGCCAGGUAUGCUCUGUCUCGAGGGCUCAGCGACAAAUAUAGACGCCUAUAUGAAUGAGAUCAAGACGGUGUCUUGGGGAGACAUUCCCUCGCAUCAGAAAAAGGUGUCGGAGAGGUAUAGAGAGACUGGCGCAGAAGUCACCAGAGCAUUCGAGUCAAUGAUAGAAAUUACGGAUUUGGUGGGAGAGAGGCAUGGGGCUAGACAGAAUAGAGGAGACAUGGCUGCUAUAGAGGCUUGGUUGAAGGAUAAAGGGUUGGGAGACAUGUUUGAGAGUGUGAUAUUGCAGAGUUAG